GGAGCGCAGAGCUUUAAGGGGCGCAAGAAGCUCCCCCUUUAGCUCCAUGCUACUCCAUGCGAUCCAUGCACUCCAUGCCAUGCGAGCUGUGAAACCUUAUAAAUUGCUCUGAUAUUAAACGAUUCCUCGUUGUACUUGUAUAUUGGUUCGCUACUCAGAAAGUCUAUGUCAUUGAAUGCAUUGACUUUUCUAACGAAUUAGUCCUUGUUUUCGCAGUGGGUCGGUGUCCUUUUUACGAGUAACGUUUUGUGUGAUCAAAUUUUCAAUCUGUCAUCCAGUAUGAGGAUAUUUUGUUGUGUGUCGUCAAAUUUGAAAGUUCAUGUCUGAAUUCGCAUAUCAUACAGGACAGCAUGCUUGUAUGGAAGCGUCGCGGGAGACGUAGUCGAUUCUACGCAUACUUAUUUUUCGGUAUCUAAGUAUUCAGAAAAAAGUGAUAGAUGAGUUUGCUGGAGGCGUAGUUUUCGUUGUAGUCUGCGUUAUGGUUCGAUGGUAGCACUUUAUACAGUUCCUUGUAAUUAACUUUCUUGCACUCGUGCUAAUAGAAAUUUGCUGCAAAGUCAGCAUGCUACCUCUAGUUCUGCAGAGGGGUGUAUCUUAUGAUGUCAGGAGCCAUUGCCAUUGGGACCAAAGUGUCUCUGGGGCACGUAGAAGCUGCGACAGGGAAGGCUUUUGCAAAUCGGAAACUGAAUCUAUUCCCGCGUUUAGGUGGAAGAUUUAGUUAUAAGAUUCAUUUGUCGGGUGCACAUUGAUGGCCGAAUUAAAACCACAUCAUGGAUUGGGGGAGCAUACUAAGUACUUUGUAUUUAUCAACAGCGUCCGGGGAUGUCUAUCAUGUACUUGUCAUCUCUGUUGAGUCGAUACUCUAAGCCUGGGGGUGGGUGGGAGAAGUCCAAAGGGUAUGAUUUUUCAUGUGAUUCUGAUUGAUGGCAUUAUGAAUACAAUGCGAAGAUACUAGAAGACAAGCAGUUCGCUUUUUUUCGACACAUUCAUUAUUUUUGAUUCGCAUGCUAGCUACUUUCAAGAGAAUAACUUACUUACCAGUGGUGAAGAAUAGUGUAGGUAGAGAAGGAUUUUUCAUGAUGGCUUCAUGCUACGUGCUCUUUCUCUCGUCAGUGAGAUUGGGUGAGAAGCAACCGUGAAAACAAGGUUGGUGCUGCACUUUCAUCGAUGGACAUUCAAUAUUACAUUGGUGCAACUGGACUCGAGAAAUAGUUUUGUAUAUUUGUUCUUGGUUUUCUUACUUGUUUUCCCAA